AUGAGAGUACCCAGCCACUGGUAUGGAUAUAUGGACGACAUCUGGGUCAAAAUCAAAACCCAAGAAGUGGAAUCCUUCACUGCUCACAUCAACACUGUGGAUAAAAACAUAGAGUUCACCAGGGAAAACACAAAGGAUAACUAUUUGGAGCAGGAUGGCUUUUCCAAGAACCCGUUCUUUCAUGGGCUUAUCGCUGAGGUGCCAGAACAGCACAAAACCAAAGAAGGCCACACAAAGAUCGGCUAUGCACUUUACUUCUAUUCCUACAGCUCGUUUGUAGGCAGAGCCAUUUAUAUGGAGGACUUGUAUGUGAUGCCUGAGUUCAGAGGGAAGGGUGUUGGUAAAGCACUAAUGAGCAAGGUGGCACAGCUGGGUCUGGCUGCUGGUUGCCACCAGCUCAACUUCACCAUCCUGGACUGGAACAAACCAUCGAUGGACUUUUACCUCAGCAAGGGCUGCUUCAACACCACUGCUACCAUGGGCUACCACUGCAUGCGCUGCGAGGGGGAGGCACUAAAGUAUCUGGCUCAGCUUUCAAACAACCCUCAUGACCUUUUGAGCUCUGCAGCCAUGAGGUCAGUCCAUGCAAUGCAGGGAUGGAGCACCACUCAGUGCCCUUCCAAAACCUAACUUAAGCUACUACAACUAAGUAGGUUGUCUAAAGGUCUGUGCUCAUAGGCUCGCAGUGCAGCACGCCUUUCAAAAUGAAUAAAGUUCAAAUAUGUCUAUAUACACAUAAAUGGCAUAAAAUUAGUUUUCUAAUUGAGUUGCAGUUACAUUUUGGCUCUCAGGCAGUGGAUGUUCCAGUCCUGAGAGGAUUUUUAUAAUAAAGUGUAUAACAUCAUAG